GUAUGCAGGUGGAACUGAGAGGAGCAAGUGGGCGGAGUUAAAAUCUCAACAGGCGAAACCGCUUGUCAGCUCCUUCAGUUCAGUUUGAUUGCGCGAAAACACGAGAGAUUCACACGGUGUGAGCAUGGCCACCGACUUCACACAAGACUCCGUGCUGCGCUUCAUCGUCAACAACGGCGGGACGGUGCGAAACGCGGAUUUGUUAACGCACUUCAAGCGGUUUCUGCGGGAGGACGAGGAGAGGGAGCAGAACCGGGAGUUGUUUAAGAGGUAUGUGAACACCGUGGCGACUGUGAGGCAGGAGGAAGGGGUGUCUCAUGUUGUUUUGAGAAAAAAAUACCGUAUGCAUCUCGGAGACGUCGCUAAGAACCGCGAGCCGGUAGGAGACUCAAAACAAGCCUUGACUGGGAAACCACAAGCUGCUUUGACCAUCCCGAAUCACGUCGAAAUCCUGCCAGUUGCUGGUAUCCUCACCACCACCACCACCACCAACAACAACAACAACAACGAUUCUACUCCCAGUUUUGGGAAAGCUGUCAGAACUUCAUCACCUCAUGGGAGGGUACAACCUUCAGUAUCUACUUCCUGUGAGAAACAGGUUAACGACACCUGCCCUUUGAAACCAGCCCCAUCUGACACGGACAGUCGCUCGAAUGGGAGCGGCCAGAGCUAUGAACAACAGCCAUGGGAGGUGAAAGCAACCAGGGAGGCGAAAGCAACCAGGGAGGCAACAGAGCAGGAGCACAACAGUGUUUACGUUGCCAAACAGAGACAAUUAAAGGAAGCAGAUGGUUGUGAGCAAUCCAUCGUCAACCCUGCGCAUUGUGCUUACUACGAGGUUAAAGUGUCGCCUACCGUUGAAAAGAAAAGCACCCCAGACAUUCACAUUAAAGAAUGGCCUAUGGACUCGCCCCUUGGACAGUCUCACAUAUACAAGUCUUCACCUUGCCUUCUGGACCGUCCUGUUUCUCCACACAUACACACCCAGACGUACAACCAAGCUGGCUUAAGCCAAAGCAAUGAUAGUCUACUACGACCAAACGGACGGUUCAAUGGAUUUCCGAUCCAGGAGCGGGACGAAUAUGAGCCUCACGGCUUGUUCGUUGAUGAUCCUGCAAUGUACCUGCAGGUCCGUCGUCCAUCGAGUCUAUCCUCAAGUCGUGAUAGCGUCUCAAUCCCAUCCCCUACUUCUACUCCACCUGACACCGGUUGGCCGCAUGGCAAUGAGUGGUCCAGCGACCAGGGACUUGUCCCAGGAGAAGAUGGGAACGAUGUACGCGCUUUCCUGCGUCGCACUCAGGAAGCACGACUGCUUUUGCAACUCCACCAACAGAGUCGCUCCAUCACACCCAUGCAUCAUUCGAUGGGUCACCUCGUCGACGAGGACUCGAGAGCGUCUACACGAAGCAGUUCUCCAGAGACCCGUCACGGACCCAUCGUCCGCCGCUUGACGUCCCGCCUGCAGAGUCGCAUGUGCCGGAGUCUCGGGGAAAACCUUGAUCAGCCGUUCCCAGAGGACAACAUCUCAGCGCGGCAGAACCGUCUCCAGCUGCUGUCCUCGACUCUAAGCAUGGGAAACUUAAUCUCGCAGUCCUCUAGUCGAGGACAAAGUUUCAGAGACCUUUCAUCGCCUGCUGGAUCCACACGAAGCUUAUCAACCUCCGUGCACGAUGGUUCCUUCAGCAGCAAACAUUACUCCAUCCCUCUUGACACCAGAGAACAUGACUGGUUUGUCAAAGCGGCAUCAGGCACAUGGACCGACAUCUACGCUCUCUUCCGAGAUGACCCGAACCUCUUGAGCAAGCGAGACUUCAUAUCCGGCUUCACCGUCGUCCACUGGAUCGCCAAACACGGGGACCAUCGCGUCUUAAACACACUGUCAUACGGCGUCGACAAAGUCGGGAUGACUCUGGAUGUCAACGCAAAGACUUUGGGUGGCUACACGCCGCUUCACCUGGCCGCCAUUCAUGGCCAUAAGAAACUCAUUCGGCUCCUGGUGCAAAAGUUCAAAGCUGAUGUGCAGAUUAGGGACAGCAGUGGAAAGAGACCGUGGCAAUAUCUCAGCAAAGACGAACAACGGGACAUCUUAGAGCUUCUAGGCGCAUCACAAAAACGCAUUAGUGGUAGUCCAGCAAUGCCAGCAAACCUGUCCACAAGACCUGCGACGACCAAGGGACAACUUUGUUCCAGUGCCCUGUAUUUGUUUUUAUCCUUGAGCUCUGCAGGUGUAGGAAACUCUUUCUGCCCCGUUGUUGUACUUAAUCUAGGAAACUAUGUAAGCAUUUCAAUCUCAUUUACGGUUUUAGUUUUUUCAUGUUGGGAUGCUGCAGUUGGUGACUAUCUUCACAUGAUCUCAGACUUUGGUGCUCUCCAGCACUGUCCGCAUUGGUGAUGAAUACCACAGAUAAGCUCCUAGCUGGUUUAGACCGUUUAAUAUUUAACUCACCUUUCCUCCUUAUCUUAAUACGUUGGAAUGAGCAAUAAAGAAAAAAAACCCUUCAAAUUCCAACCCAUUUAUAAGAACAUUUAUUUAUUGCUGAGGAGAUGCCAAAACAACGGCAACUCCCAGACCUUCUUAAGUGCUUAGGUCAAGUUUUCUUUCUUGUUUUUUUUUUUUCUCAGAAUCAUUUUAUAGAGUGAGUUGAAGUGGGAAUGGUAGUUCUCUGUUGGUUUGCAUGCUGGGCUAAACCUGUUUUUGCGUGUUCUGUCUGAUCUGUGAGAUACAGGAUAACAGAGUUUGGGAGAAGAGUUUGGUAUGAUCGGUGGAGCCGGGUGUUUUUCUUUCUCUUUCCCUAUCACAGUUAAACUUUUUUUGUUAUUCCAUGGAAACUUCACGGCUUGGACUGUGGUUAUGAAAUGUUGUGUUUGCUGACACGUUUCGACAUGUCAGUGUGUGUUGGCUGUGUUUAUGCUCUGCAUUGAGUCUUACAUAAUAUUUACAUUUUGUAAUGCACCUUUAUGUUCCAGAGUUAUUAUUUGAAUAAAAGACUUUGACCUUUGUAAAA